UCUACCAGUAGUAGUAGUCCAUGACUUUCGCAUCCACAUUCGAAUUCCGCGCUGACAGCUACCACCAUUCCGACACACGGGUAAGCCAUUCGACGUCAAAAUUUGUUUCCCUUUGCGAGGGCUAAAAUUCAAAAAUUUUUCGCCAAAUUGUCGAGGAGACUACUCACCUUUCUGGGGGUGCAUUUGAUCACACUCGGGCUGCUGGUGCUACUCGUUCAUGUCGCCCGAAAAAUGAACGAUUAUUUGCAGAAUAUUUUGCACAGCGAUCUGUCCGAUCUGAAGAAAGAGUUUCCCCUGUUCGAUACGGACACAUUCGAUUUGCCGAGACGGGGAAAACGUAACGGAAGACCAUUGCAAUUGGCGGAUCCAAACGAUCCGUACUCUAAAUCGACCCGAGAUUUGAACGUAAUUCAGCUGGAACCAAUUUCGAUUAAGUCGGAAAAGGGAAGCCCACAAGUCGUAAACGUCAAGCAGACCUUUCGGUUUCCGAAUAAUUUUAUUACCAAGAAAAAUUCCUACCAUUCGCACAGCCAUGGGCGGCGAUCGUUGAUUCCUCGGAACAUGUACAGUCAAACCAGCAAAACCAUUGUCGAACUGUACGAAGCUCAAAGAUGCGGUGCCGCCGGUGAACCACGUACCGUUCUUUCGCAUCAAAAAUCCGAACUGAUCGAUUCCGACAUCAACAGCGAAACCCGGUCCGAUGUGUGCGUGAAAGCAAACAUUCGCAAUGGUUCCUACACGAUGGUGGGCAGUGAUUUCGCCAAGAAAAAUCAUCACAAACAGGGUGCGAAACCGGUGGAAUUGAUUCUGAUCAAACCGAAGAACCAUCGAACGGUUGUUCCUACAACGCCGUACUUUAAUGCGAAGAAAAAGCGACCCGUUUCGAAACGAAAGUACACCCGAAAUUUUCCCGUGCCGGUAAAAUCGCCAAAGCGGAAAACCAAAUAUCCCAGUAUCAAGCUGGAAAGUAUCGAACUUGAUGACACGGCUGCCAAAGAUGGGUACCAGGAGGACACCGGGAACUCGACCUCGGAAUGUUUGAAUCCUUCGAACGAGUUCCUGGAUGAUGGCGUUUGUUCGACCUACGGCACACUGCAGGUCAAUAAGAUAAUCGACAAACUGCAGGAUAACGUGUGGGAUGUGAAUCUGAACGGCAUUCGGGAACUGAUCGAAACGGCUAGUAAAAUUGACUGGAAGAAGUACGAGAAGCAUAUGACCAUCAUCAACCGGAAAAUGAUCGACUUCCUUAAAAGUCCAAGAUCUUCGCUUUGCCGGUCGGCCUGUCAAGCGAUUGGGGAACUUUUCCGGGAGGCAAAAUCCACCAAACGACCGGAGUUCGAUGAAAUCGUUGACAUUUUGCUGUGCAAAACUGCGGACUCCAAUCGGUUCAUUCAGAAGGAUGCCAAUGCGGCCCUGGACAAACUGGUGACCUAUAUUCCGAUUUCCCAUUCGGUGCGGGCACUUUCCGCUCACGGUCCGGUACACAAGAAUCCUCUGGUGCGGAUUGCCACGGCCAGACUGUUGGUUUGUAUCUGUGCCCUGUUCGGUCUGGAUGCCGUUUUGGGCACCAAUGCUAACCCGAGAACGCGCCAGGCAAUCCUAACUAUUCCGAUCAAGUUUCUAACGGAUAAAAAUCUAGAAACGAGGAAAUUGGGCGAACGGCUGUACAACAUGCUCAUAGCUUGGUUCUCCGCCAGAAACAAGAGCGACGGUGAUGUCUUGCAGAGUAGCUUAUUGAUGUAACAUUUACAAGAAAUCUAGAAGCUAUAGGAAUAAAAAUCCGAACACAGAGAAUCCAGUCGGUGUCCAAACGAAUGAGUUCUCUUCGGCAGCCAGUAGAUUCAAGUUGACAGAAUAAAGAAAAUCGUUAACCAUCUGAAA